AUGGCGGUUCUGCAAGGCCCGUCCCGCAAGCAGGCGGAGCUGAUCGCGCAGGAGCUGGGUGAGACCCCCGGGGACAUCCAGCGCGGGGUGCAGGACCUGCGCAGCAUGCUCGCCGCCUCACCAUACCUGCCGCAGCCGGAGAACGUCGAUAAACGUGUCCUGGAGCUGUUCGUACGAGGGUGUCGCAUGGACCUGGACCGCGCUCGCUCCAAGCUGGAGGCAUACUGCCUGGCACGGGUCCGUUUCCGCGACCUCUACGAGCAUCGCUCUCUCACCUGUCCACCUCUCAACGAUGUUUGCAAGUUCAUGGACAUAGUAGUACUUCCAAAACUGACAGACGAAGGCUACCGGAUCACGAUAUUCAGAAUACGAGCGGAGUACCCGGAGAGCUCAGCAGACGUCGCUAAUGCAGUUCGAGCGGUCCUCCUCACCAGUGACGUCAGAAUGUACGAUGAACAUCAAAUUGCAGGGGAUGUAUUUAUUUAUGAGGUAUCUAAUGUCCGCGGCUCGGUCGUAGCUCACGUAGCAGCUGCAGCCAAUGCCGUGAGACGGUCCAUCCAGCUGGCACAGGCUGCAUACCCUCAGAGACUGAAGAGGAUCCAUGUGGUGGGCUCCCCGCCAUUCCUUGCUUCCUCACUCGCACUCAUGCGCAACUGUGUUAACGAGAAGAUCAAAAGACGGUAUUACUUACACCCGAAAGUGGAACAACUACUGGAACACAUUCCCGCACAAGUGUUACCGAGGGAAUGGGGAGGGGAAGAAGAAAACAUCGAUACACUUGCAAAGAAAUGGAGACGUCGUAUCGAUGAGGUCAGCCCCUACUUGCGCAUCUUUAACGAAGCCUGCAGCACUGCGAAAGUACCCAGCAACGAUGUCGACAUUUACGGCACAGUCGGAGCUUUUAGGAAACUCGAUAUCGAUUAA